AUGGCGAAGAAACAGGCGUAUAUCCCACCCCUGAUCGGGUGGCUAUACGAUCUGGUCCUGUGGACGUUCUCCGUUCUCAUCGACCUCUUCUUCCGCGAGGUACACCCGCGUGGAUCCUGGAAGAUUCCUCGUCGAGGACCGAUUAUCAUUGUCGCUGCCCCUCAUGCGAACCAGUUCGUCGAUUCGCUCGUCCUUAUGCGCGUUAUCCGCAGCGAAGCCCAUCGUCGCAUCUCAUGGCUGAUUGCGGAAAAGUCCUUCCGGCGCAAGUUUAUCGGGCUGUUGGCCAGGGGUAUUGGAACAUUGCCCGUGGCGCGUGCUAUGGAUAACUUGAAGCCGGGGACUGGUACCGUGUAUCUUCCCGACCCUGUCAAUGAACCCACCCUCCUGCGCGGCGUGGGUACCAAUUUUGAAGGUGCUGGAUUUGAGCCGGAGGGUACAAUUGCACUGCCGACGAUCAAUGGGACCUCGCACAGUACAGCUAUUGCGGAAAUUCGGGGCCCUGAAGAGCUGGUUCUCAAGAAGCCUUUCAAGCACAGAGAUGCUUUGUUCCAGCUGACCGGCCGGAAAGAUAUUGAUGAUGAUGGCAAUUUUACCGGAGAUGCGGCGGACCAGAACUCGGAGUUCAAGGGCACCAAGUUCAAGGUCGCGCCGCAUGUGGACCAAACGGCAGUCUACGAGGCUGUAUUUGCGAGAUUGAAUGCUGGUGGUUGUGUGGGUAUCUUCCCCGAGGGUGGUAGUCAUGACCGCCCCUCUCUUCUUCCCCUUAAAGCUGGUGUGGCUCUGAUGGCCCUGGGUACCCUAGCGGACAACCCGGACUGCGGCUUGAAGAUUGUACCCUGUGGCAUGAAUUAUUUCCAUGCUCACAAGUUCCGCUCUCGGGCUGUUAUCGAGUUUGGUAACCCCAUUGAAGUUCCGAAGGAGUUGGUUGAGCAAUUCAAGCAAGGCGAACGCCGGGAGUCUGUUGGUGCUCUGCUGGAUAUCAUUUACCAAAGUCUUGUUGCUGUCACUGUGACCAGCCCUGAUUAUGAGACUCUCAUGGUCAUCCAAGCUGCUCGCCGCCUGUACAACACCAGGGGGAAGAAGCUUCCCCUCCCGAUGGUUGUGGAGCUUAACCGCCGUCUCGUGAAGGGAUAUGCACACUUCAAGGAUGAUCCGCGAAUUGUGCAUCUCCGGAACUCGAUCGCAAGCUAUAACAAGCAGCUUCGCAUUCUCGGCAUCCGGGACCACCAGGUGGCCUAUGCCAAGUUCUCGAUUCUGCAGGUCAUUGCUACACUGAUAUAUCGCUUGGGCAAGCUCGCUCUUCUUACUAUUGGUACUCUUCCUGGUCUGCUCCUCUUCACUCCGGUCUUCAUUGCAACCAAGUAUCUGUCAAUGAAGAAAUCAAAGGAAGCAUUGGCUGCUUCCACCGUCAAGCUGCAGGGUCGUGAUGUGAUGGCUACUUGGAAGCUGCUCAUUGCCCUUGCAUUUGCUCCGGCUGUCUAUGCAUCUUACACGGCUACGUUUACCUACUGGACGUAUCAGAACCGAAUUCGGGGACUCGUGCCAGAAUGGGUGCCACUCUGGCUGAUCGUGAUAAUUGGCAUGGUGGGCUUCCCGACCAUCACUUUCGCCGCCCUUCGCAUCGGCGAAGUUGGCAUGGACAUUAUCAAAUCCCUUCGGCCUCUGGUCCUAUCCCUGAAUCCGUCUUCGGCCAACAGUCUGGUGAAGCUGCGCGAAAAACGCGCCAUGCUUGCCCAGCAGGUCACCGAUGCGAUCAACACCAUGGGACCCGAGCUCUUCCCCGACUUCGACGCCGCCCGGAUUGUCACCGAUCCCUUCCGCGAGGUCAGCGGAGAAUCUGCCGCUGCGCGCGAAGCGCACGAGCUCAAACAGCACCGUGAACACGAAACGGGUGAGACUUGGACUUCAGCCGAGCCUCUACCACGUAACGAGUCGUUCCACAACUUGGCCAAUAUUGGCUUCUUCUCUACUCGGCCUCCCAGCAGGAACCGUAGCCGUAGCAGCUCUGCUGGGCCACGACCUGGCUCACGGCAUGGGAUGAAACCGCUCAGCGCCCUGACCACCCAGAAAGAUCCACUGGAGGACGUCAGUUCGCGGAUUCGGGAUGCUAUGAGAGAGCGGGGUGAGCGACGUCGACGUCGAAGUGAGGAUGGUAGCUGGGAUAUGGCCAGCUCAGGGACAGGGACGCCGUCCAGUGGUGAUGAGAUGCGGAAGGACCUUUGA